AGCUCUCAUUGUCUAGUCAAACAAAGUGUUGCUUCUCUUUCUUUAUUUAUUGCACUUCAUACUUUGAAUAAGCACAUCUGCUUGAAGAUCCCAGCAGCAGCAGCAGCAGCAGAUUCUCCUCCUCCAGCAGUUUUCAUUCUGUGCAGCCACCAUGAAAGUUGGUUCUUUUAACAUCCAGAAGUUUGGACGAAACAAAGUGUCAGACCCAGAUGUUCUCAACAUCUUAAUUAAGAUUGUGUCUCGAUAUGACAUCCUUGUCAUCCUGGAGGUUGUGGAUGCCAGCGGAGAGUCUGUAACAACCUUGAUGGAUGCACUCAACAAUUCCAACAGGAAACAUCACUACAGUCUGAAGAUCAGCACUCGUUUGGGUCGAACUCGCUACAAGGAGCAGUUCAUGUUCCUGUACAGGGACGAUCUGGUUGACUUGGUGGGCUCCUAUCAGUUUGAUGAUGAGGAGACUGAAGGAGGAGACGUCUUCGCCAGAGAUCCCUACAUCCUGAGAUUCAGAUGCCUCAAUACAGUGCUGAAAGACCUGGUGUUGAUCCCAGUUCACACCAAGCCAGAGGACUCAGACAAGGAGCUGGACGAACUCUACGAUGUCUUCCAUCAUGUGAAGAAGAAGUGGAGGACUGAUAACAUCAUGAUCCUGGGCGACUUCAAUGCAGACGGUUCGUACGUUUCCAAGAAGGACAUGAAGACCAUCCGUAUCCGUAGCGACACGAACUUCCACUGGCUGAUUGGAGAUGACGUCGACACCACGGCCAGCACCGGAAACAACCACACAUACGACAGGAUAGUGAUCUACGGAGACGACAUGCUUCAGGCUAUGGUGCCAAACUCUGCCAAACCGUUCAACUUCCAGACGGCUUACGGACUCAGUGAGGAGCAGGCCCUGAAAGUGAGCGAUCAUUAUCCUGUGGAGGUGGAGCUAAAGUCCAUAGAUCAAAGAACAGAUGAACAUAUGGAUGUGAUGGAAGUGGAGCCACAGCAGCCUCAGUUGUCAGGACUCGUGGCCAUAGACGGAGGUCUGCUGGAGCUGAAAAGAGGAAACCUGUUGCUGGAGAGGGAGAAGCUCAGCCUGGAGAUCCAGAUCCUGCGGAUGAAGAUGGCCAAGAUGAACCGUGUUGAUGCAGUUUAAUCUGAAGAAAAUGGCGAGCAAACCAAUAUACCUCUACCAUAACCCAUUACCCACAGAACCACUAAUGACUGUUUCACUGUUUGAAGCUGCGACAACAGUCGUUGUGGGGUUGUUGUACUGUACCUCAGGGUCCAUCCUGGAUGGCUGCUUUUACUCGAUUUUCUGGAUAACUGCAAAUAUCCUUCAUCGAUAUGAACUAAGAGAAACGGAUACUUUUCUGUUUUCACUUUGACUUUUGACUGAAUCAAGGUAUUAUGUUAUCCGCCCUUUUCGUCCAUGCUGCACACAAGGUGAAAGGAAUUCUGGGAGUCGGCUCAUUUGUUGCUGAUAUUUUGUGUAACUGUUGUCUUCACUGUCAUCUUUAAAUGUAUAAAAUACAUUUCACGUUUUUGUAAUCACAAAUAAUUAUUCCUAAGAGGUUAAAAUCAGUUUAAUGCUAUUUUUCAAAUGUAAUCUUCUACUUGUCGAGAACGAGCAGCACUGAAGAAACGUUGUUGUUGAUCUUCUGUCCUGACUGUAGGUGCACAGCUGUGCAGUAAGCUGAACGCAUUUGCAAUAAAGGUUGAAGACAGCG